UUUGACUCUCUCACUCCUGUUCUUCGUCGUCGUCGUCGUCGUCUCCUUCUCUAUCUGCGUUUACAGGAUCAAGAAACAAAUAAAAAUGCUCGCAGUGUUUGACAAUUCGGUUGGUAAGAGCCCCGAGGCUCUACGGAGCCCACACUCGGACUCGGUCUGUGCGUUGAAAGAUGGGUUUUUGGCUCAUCACUUCUCCUCUCUGCACCCUGUUUCGGUUACCAUCAACCUCCAUGAAGCGGGUGUCAUAGCCUACUCCAUGGACAGACAGAACCCUCUCCUCCCAAGGUUCGAUACUCAUUUUCACGAUCUGGACUGUUUGCUGGACAUCUUCUGCUUGUUUCAAGGCCACAUCGAGAAUAUUACUCAUCUUAAACAACAGUAUGGAUUAAACAAGACAGCAAAUGAAGUGAUCAUUAUCAUGGAAGCUUACAGAACUUUGAGGGAUAGAGGUCCGUAUCCUGCAGAUCAGGUUGUGAGAGAUAUCCAUGGGAAGUUUGCAUUUAUUCUCUAUGACAACUCUUCAAAAACUGCAUUUGUAGCAACUGAUACUGAUGGGAGUGUUCCCUUCUUCUGGGGAACUGAUUCUGAAGGCAAUCUAGUUCUCUCAGAUGAUGCAGAAAUGAUGAAGAAGGGCUGUGGAAGAUCCUUUGCACCAUUUCCCAAAGGAUGCUUCUUUACAACCUCUGGAGGCUUAAGGAGUUUUGAGCACCCUCUUAAUGAGUUGAAGCUAGUGCCAAGGGUGGAUAGUUCAGGUCAGGUGUGCGGUGCAACUUUCAAGGUUGAUGCAGAUUCCCGGAAGGAAACUGGUAUGCCAAGAGUUGGGAGUGCCACGAACUGGUCUCAGAACUACUGAACACGUCAAAUUUCCAUUAGCAAUGCUGUUGUUAUUAGUUACCCUCCACCUGCCCUUAGUCAAUGGCCCUGCACUCUAUGUUACAAGGAAGUACUGUAAAUAGUAAACAAAGCUCUUGAUGCCGCUAUACACAAUGCUUACUGUUUCAUUUUAAUCUGAUACAUCAAGAGCCCUUUCUAUGGGCUUCUAGGUUCUCA